UAUGACAAAUCACAUCUGGCAGAUUACAAACAGCAUUUCAAUUUUCAUUCAGUUUUCGUUGAAUUUUUACUGUGGCACAUUAUAAGACGAUUAUUGCCUAACCUUUCUCAAUUUCUUGUGCCCUGUAAUUGUGAUUACUUCAAAAUUAUGGCUGAUACAAUAUCAAAUGAAAAUACUACUUGCGUAGUAUGUUUCAAAAAUGUAUUAUACUUUUCUAUUGGAGAGUGUGACCACCCAGUUUGUUUUGAAUGCUCAACACGAAUGAGAGUGCUCUGUUUGCAAAAUGAGUGCCCAAUUUGUCGUCAUGACUUAGCAAAGGUUGUAUUCGCUGAGUCUAUUCUGCCAUACAAGGAGCUGCAAAGUAGAGUUUUCAGUGACAGACUCUUUGAAAGACAAUUUAAAAUUGGAUUUUGUUCCGAAGAAAUAAAGAAAGCUUAUGACAUUUUAUUAGAAAACCGAUGUAAACUUUGUGACAAACUUCCUCCAUUUCGUACAUUUUCCAUGUUGAGUGAUCAUACACGGAAAGUACAUGAGAGAUACUACUGUGAUCUGUGUGUCAAACAUUUAGGGAUUUUCACAUCUGAGAGAAAAUGUUAUACACGUCAAGAACUUGCCCAUCACAGGAGGAAGGGUGAUGUCGAUGAUUUGUCUCACAGAGGUCACCCGCUGUGUGAAUUUUGCGAGCAGCGGUUCAUGGAUGCCGAUGAGCUGUACCGUCACCUGCGUAAGGAGCAUCUGUACUGCCACCUGUGUGACGCCGACGGCCACAACCUGUACUAUGCCACGCAUGACGCUCUCGCUCAGCAUUUCCGCACAGAGCACUAUCUGUGUGAAGAGGGCGAGUGUGCUGGACAACACUUGACAGCUGUCUUUAGGAGCGACAUUGAUCUUAAAGCUCACAAAGCUACAGUUCAUGGUCGCGGCAUGAAUCGUGGUGCGGCUCGACAGGCCAGGACUUUGGAACUACAGUUCAAUAUAUCUCCACAUCCAAAUGCUGUAGUGCAACGAGUGACCAGGAAUCGUGUUGAGACUAGAUCGCCGUCUCCCCCGCCGCAGACAGCUUCCGCGCCCCGCAUCGACCCGGCUAGCGACGAGCAGUUCCCGCGGCUCUCAGUCUCACAGACCCCUGCGCCGCUAUUGGCACCGCAGCCAAAUCGCGCGUACAGAGGUGCGGAGGGAUUGGCUCGCACCGACAGGAACUUUCCUGCACUGGACGGGUCAAAUACGCCCCGCCCACAAACCAAGCCGCAACAACCACCUGCGGCCUCUGCAAUGCUGAGAAACGCGAAGCCGAGCUUAUCAAUCCAAGUUCAGAGCCAAGGAGCCAGCGCCAGCAACUUCCGCCUCACUCCCACCAGCUCGUCGCGGAUCACCUUACCCAAUAGAAACAAUCAGCAACAGAACAAUCACCAUCACAACCAACAUGAUGACCAAUGGGAUGACUUCCCCGCACUGGGAGGAAGGGAUGACCACCCCAGCAUUGGAGCUGGAACUGUACAACAACCUAAGGUGAAAUUAAUCAAUAGUGAAGAAAUGCAGUCUUACAAAAACAAUAAAAGCAAUCAUCAGCAGAAGAAAUCCCCGCCGAGUGCCGAAGCCUUUCCUGCGUUGACAUCGUCUUCAGCCCCGAUCGCGCCGCCGCAGUGGAUCACCGUUUCCAAGUCCAACAGUAAAGCAAAACAAACCAGAAAACAGCCAGAGCCACCCCCUCGGGAGCCCAAAUACAACCCCGUAGCCGAUUUCCCCUCGCUACCCGUCAAUUCCAAACCCAAGAAGAAAGUACAAAUACAACCUCAGCCCCAACCAACAGUCAACCCUAUAGCGGACAGCGCAAAGAAAAACAAAAAGAAACAGAAUACGUCGAAGAAGGAGAACAACGACGCGAACUUCGCGAACGGUGUCGUUGAAAGGGACGAGUAUAUUCUGGCGAGUGUUAACGUUAAUAACACCAGUAGUGAAGCUGAUCGGAAGAUCAAAACGAUCAGUGAGAAACCGGCGGAGAACACGAGCAAGUCGCAACGAAGCGACUUCGCGCUAGCGGCGAAAGAAUACCCGCCGCUGAAUCCCCACGCACCGAGCUGUGUCAACGUCGUGAAUACUGGAAGCGUUACGUUGAACAAUAUCGUGAGCAGACCGGCCGUCAACGGGAAGACCCCGCCCGGUUUCAAGAAGAGGCCGCCGUGCGACGGGAUGACGUUCACGAACUCGUCGGGACAGACUUUCUGCGCGCCCGUACACGAGUAUAUCCCGCCGCCGGAUUACGAGCUCAGAAACAGGCUGCUAGUGAAGAAGUUUGCAGCCGCUUUGGGCGAUUCGGCCGCAAUGGAAGACUUCAAAGUCGCCUCGCAAGCUUUCCGCGACAGCAUCAUAGAUGCGGACGAAUUCUACAGGCACUGCGAGUCAGUGCUCGGUUCAAAGAUGGACGCAGUGUUUGCGGAGCUCAUUGCACUGCUACCGGACAUCGCGAAACAGCAAGAGCUGGCUGUCGGUCGUGACGUGAACCUGAGCGUGUGCUCCACCUGCGGGCAGCUGAUAUCUGGAGCCGACAGCAUCUCGCAUGACACGGCUCACUGGCCGCCGCUUGCCUCUCGCUAAACAAUGUGAUAACUUUUGUGUUCAUUCACAGGUAUAUUUAUUUAAGUCUAAUAGUAAGUUAAAUAUAUGGAAUGUAAUGAGGUGCUUGCGGGCUUGUUUGGCUCACCACACAAACCUCUUGUAAAUCUAGAAAUUUCUGUGAAAAAAUGUCUCCUAAAGUUAUGUUACUUGUAAAAUGUAUAUAAGACAGUUUUAUGAUUGAGAAAUAUAAGACGGUGUUAUUUUCGUAGGUAUAAAGAAUACUGUUGCUAUUUUUGUAAUUUGAAAGUUAAACUGUUUCAGUUUGUGUUAUAUUAUAUUUGUUAAAUAUGUUUUGAUUUCUACUGAAUCCUUCAAUGUUGUGGGAGAGUAAACACAUUGUCAAAUAGAAAGUAUAAUAAAUACAAUAACACUUAAAGACGUAUUUGCAAUGUACAAAAUUAAGUAAUUCACUUAAACAACUUUUAAUAGCUUUUAUUGUGACAACCUAUUUAUUUUAUCUGUAAAUUGUAAAAAUUUUGACAACUGCCAAUUAUAAUAAUGAUGUUCAAUGGAACAAAACUCUCUCUCACUUUUGUUUAUUUUUUAUACAGUGUUAUACUACGAUCCAUUAAAUAUAUUUAUCGCUGA